AGAUUGGAAGCCUUUAGAAAAUGGCUUUCUAUUUCUUGGCUGCCAUUUUCAUCCUGGCUUCUUCAGCUUCUGCUGCAACCGAUCAAACAAACCACCAUCCCUUCAAGAAGAUCUACGCCUUUGGUGACUCGUUCACAGACACCGGCAACACAAAGUCCAUCACCGGCCCAAGCGGUUUCGGCCACGUGUCGAACUUUCCAUACGGAAGUACCUUCUUUCACCACCCAACCAACCGGUACUCCGAUGGACGCCUCGUGAUCGACUUUGUAGCAGAAGCCCUGUCCUUACCGUACUUGCCACCUUACCGGAACAUCAAGGCCAAGAAUGCUUCGUUCGGCGUGAACUUUGCCGUCGCCGGUUCGACGGCAAUAAACCAUGCAUUCUUUGUGAAGAACAACCUCAGCCUUGCUAUAACUCCAGAAUCUAUCCAAACCCAGCUACUCUGGUUCAACAGAUUCUUGGAGACUCAGGGGUGUGAAGAGGCAGCAGCUGCAUCAGAUUGCAAAGCAGCAUUCGACGAUGCACUUGUGUGGGUUGGUGAAAUUGGAGUCAAUGACUACGCAUACAGCCUUGGAUCUUCUAUACCAGGCGACACCAUACAAAAGCUUGCUGUAACAUCCUUCACCGAGUUUUUGCAGUCAUUGCUGAAGAAGGGUGCAAAAUAUGUAGUAGUCCAAGGGCUUCCAUUAACAGGGUGCCUGCCACUGGCCAUGGUGCUGGCUCCUGAAGAUGAUAGAGACGACAUAGGGUGUGUGAAGAGCGUGAACAGCCAGAGCUACAGCCACAAUGUAGCCCUCCAGGCAAAGUUGCAGGACCUCAGGAGGCAGUUUCCCGCCGCUGUCAUCACCUACGCCGACUACUGGACCGCCUACCGGACCGUCAUGAAGAACCCAAGCCGGUUCGGAUUCAAGGAGAGUUUCAAAGCAUGCUGUGGAACAAGUGGUGAACCAUACAACUUCGAUAUAUUGAGUACAUGCGGCACGCCUUCUGCCAAAGCCUGCACAUACCCUUCACAAUACAUUAACUGGGAUGGGGUGCACCUCACUGAAGCUAUGUACAAGGUGGUCUCAAACAUGUUCCUCAAUGGCACCCUUAGUCACCCUCCCUUCAGUUACUUGUUGGACAGAAAGAACAAAGUAGGGUGACCCAUAUUGCCUUUAUGCUUAAUUUCCUCCUCAGUGUACUAUAUAUUGUUUCUUGCUGCCAUGUCAUAAGUUGGACUAGUAAUUUAAAAUAUGCAUGAAGAAAUCACAUGAUAUGUUUUAUG